GAAGAAGGGGGCAAAGAAGAUGGACCCAGCCCCCUCUCAGGGUUACAGUCUGAAGGAUGUGAAGUGGAGUUCGGGGGCCGUUCCGCUGGACUUGCUGGUCAGCACUUAUCGGCUGCCCCAGAUCGCCCGGCUGGACAGCGGAGAAUCCAUAGAAGGUCUUCGGGAGAAUGACUAUCUUCUGAUUCAUUCCUGCCGGCAGUGGACCACCAUCACAGCACAUAGCUUGGAGGAAGGCCACUAUGUCAUUGGGCCAAAGAUAGAAAUCCCAGUACAUUAUGCAGGGCAGUUUAAGCUGCUGGAACAAGACCGGGAUAUUAAGGAACCAGUGCAGUAUUUUAACAGUGUGGAGGAGGUGGCGAAAGCAUUUCCUGAACGAGUUUACGUCAUGGAGGAAAUAACAUUCAACGUGAAGGUUGCUGCGGGAGAAUGCAAUGAAGACACAGAAGUUUACAACAUCACUCUUUGCACUGGAGAUGAACUCACUUUAAUGGGGCAGGCAGAGAUCCUUUAUGCAAAAACAUAUAAGGAGAAGUCACGAUUCAACACAAUCUUCAAGAAGAUUGGAAAACUCAAUUCCAUCGGCAAGCUGGGUAAAGGCAAAAUGCCUUGCCUCAUUUGCAUGAAUCACAGGACCAAUGAAAGCAUCAGCCUUCCAUUUCAGUGCAAGGGCCGAUUUAGUACCCGCAGCCCACUGGAGCUCCAGAUGCAAGAGGGCGAACAUACCAUCCGCAACAUCGUGGAGAAGACCAGGCUGCCUGUCAAUGUGAUUGUGCCGAGCCCCCCGCCCAGAAACCCGUACGAUCUUCACUUUAUUCGGGAAGGUCACCGGUACAAGUUUGUGAACAUCCAGACCAAGACGGUGGUGGUUUGCUGCGUGCUCCGCGGCAGCAAAGUCCUCCCCAUGCAUUUUCCUUUGCACCUGACGGUCCCCAAGUUCAGCCUCCCAGAAAAUCUUGUGAAGGGAGAGGUCUGGCCUGAAACCCUGGUCCACCAUUGGCUCGGUGUCUGCCAAGAACAGUUUGACAUUGAUGAGUAUUCCCGCGCCGUCCGUGACGUGAAGACGGACUGGAACGAUGAGUGUAAGAGUCCCAAAAAGAGCCGGUGUUCUGGCCACAACCACAUCCCCAACUCCCUCAGCUACGCCCGGGAUGAGCUAACGCAGUCCUUCCACCGGCUCUCUGUCUGCGUGUAUGGGAAUAACCUACAUGGCAACAGUGAGGUAAACCUCCAUGGCUGUAGGGAUCUGGGAGGGGAGUGGACUCCCUUUUCUCAUGACCCCCUCCAGUACCAGGACUCCGGUGACAGUGGGAGUGAUUAUCUUUUCCCUGAAGUUGGCGAUGAAUCCGUGUGUUUCCCAUCAAAGCCAGAACUCCCUUAUGAAGAACUGUGGCUUGACCAAGGCAAGACAGACAGCCAACCCCUUACAGGUUCCUUGAGCGAAAAAACCAAAUGUGAUAAUUACAGAAGCUCUAUCCGGUCAAAAUGUGGCACUUCUCUCCCUGUUGCUGGGACACUGGCAGCCACGACAUCUUCAGAUGUGGCCCUACCUCCACCUCCAGUGCCUCCGAAAUCUGAAGCUGUCAGGGAAGAAUGCCGACUCUUGAAUGCUCCACCUGUUCCACCUCGAAGUGCAAAGCCUUCUUCUACAAGUCCUUCUAUUCCUCCUCGGUCAGCUAAACCAGUGAGGCAACAGACUCGUUCUCCCAGUCCCACCCUGUCCUACUAUUCUUCAGGACUACACAACAUCAGUGUCACUGAGAAUGACCCAACAAGCCCUUCAGAAAAUGUUUCCGUUUCCUGCUAUCCAUGUAACAGGAUGAAGACUGAGUCUCUGGAACUUAGUAGAUCUCCCUUUGGAAGCCCCCCUGCCGAAACUCUGUCCUCUAGACUGUCAUGGCCUAGCCAUUUCUUGGGAGCAACUGAAAGCGAGAACAGGAAUGAUUUCCUGUUGGAUCCAAGCAGAAGUUAUAGCUACCCUAGGCAGAAGACACCAGGAACACCAAAAAGAAACUGUCCAGCAGCUUUUGACUUUGAAGGGUGUGAUCUCUAUGCAAGCUCCACUCAGUCAGGUCCAGCAGAGUUCCCAGGUGGGAUGUCUGGGUGUCCUAAGUCAGCCAGUUACUCCUUAGAAUGCACAGAUGAGAAGGCCCUAGCAGCUAGCCCGGCAAAACAGAGUCACUCGUGCCCAGCCUUACCCCCGAGAGCCCCCAAACUAACUGAGGAGAAACUGGCCCCAGAAGCAUUUCCUUUGAAAAUUGACGGUGCUGAGGAAGAUCCUAAACCUGGCUCACCAGACCUCUCGGAGGAUCAGUAUUUUGUUAAAAAAGGCACACAAGACAUUUUUUCCAUUUCUUAUCCUUUUUCUUCCCCCCUUCACCUCCAGCUAGCUCCACGAUCUUGUGGUGAUGGUUCCCCAUGGCAACCACCCACUGAUCUGUCAGGACUUUCUAUAGAGGAAGUGUCCAAAUCACUACGGUUCAUUGGUUUGUCAGAAGAUGUCAUCUCGUUCUUUGUUACGGAAAAGAUCGAUGGGAAUUUGUUAGUCCAGCUAACUGAAGAGAUCCUCUCGGAGGACUUCAAGCUUAGCAAACUCCAGGUGAAGAAAAUAUUACAGUUUAUUAAUGGCUGGAGGCCCAAGAUAUAGCCCGGGGACCCAUCUGGCAUUGAAUAAAACUGAUGGAUUGAUGUGCUGGAAGGGAUAGGGCUUGGUACAUAAUUUCAUUAUUAUUAAUUUUUUUUGCACUAAAACCCCUCUGUAAAUAGUGGUAGAAACUUUUACUAUGCAGAUUAAGUUUUUGAAUGGUGAACCAGGCUAUUUUGUAUGUCAAUAAAAAUGCCAUAGAGAACACUUUAGAGGUGUGCCUUGUACAUCACUCAACACCCAGCAGCUGCUAAAAGAGAAAAGGGAAUAUUAGGAUGUUUGCCCAGGUAGGCUUGUGCUAAGAAGGUGUGAUAUUUAUUAUUGAACAGCCAAAGCUGAAAGAUGUAAAUUCAAAAUACCCUUGUGACCAAGAAUCCUUUUCUUUUGGGGGUUGACUUCAGAGAGUUAGAUGCUAUGCUUUGUCUGGUGGCUUGUUUAAUGUUUAUUCUUUUUGAUUCUAGUACCUGAAAAUGUUUUAAAGGUGAUUACACUAAUCUUCUGAAAAUGAAAAUAUUGUAUGCUUAGUGCAUUUUUUUUACCCAAAGUUGUCAAUGUUCUGAAAGUCACAUGUUAAUAGAAUUAGGCUAUGUUACAUGCCCUAAGUAAUAAUAAACUAUGAUAAUAGUCAUUUACUUAUAACUGCUAUUGCUUUUGCUAAGCAGAGAAAAACUAUAAUGUACACAAAUAUGCUUCAAAAUUACAUUCUGAGUCACAUCAUUUAAAUAAUAGUUUAAACUCUCCAUCAAGGUAUUAAGAUUUAGAAAUGUCAUUUACAUAUCAUUUACUUUUACAGAAAUAGCAGAGACACUAUAACUGCUAAAAAAUCCUUUGAACCCUGGAACCUCCUAUGUGAAUCUUCUUGUAUUUCUUAAUAAAGAAACCUUAUGUCAGAUCAUUACAGAAUGACUUUAUCUUUCUAGUCCACUGUAGUCCAGGAGGAAGAGAAGAAAUCUUUUUCAUCAGUGCAUUACUAUCAUUAUGGAAUGCGGAGGCUUAAUAUACAUCCAAUUUAAAUUUAUUCUUCUCAUGGGGAAAAUUUGGAGACCAUCAAUCUGAAUGUAUUCUCCAUAUGCUUCAUGCAUUGGGUUGAUCCCAGAAACCAAAAAUGACAUUCUUUGUUAUCCUAUUGGAUUCUCUGGUCCUUCUACUAAAUCGAGACAUUUAAAAAAAAAAUGGUGUCCCAAAAAUCUUAGUGCAUUUUAAGGUUAUUAAACCUUAAAAACAAACUAAGACUUUUGGGAUACUCUUUAUAGCUAAGAAGACAUUUUCUUUAACUCUUCUCUCUGUUCUCUAAUCUCCAACCAAAAUCCAUUAUUGACUUUCUCUUCUAAAAUAGGGAAUCGUAAUCUGGCCUAUUGUUUUAGACAGAAUUAAAUAUUUUAAAAUUCAGUACUAGGAUUCAGGUUUUUCCUUCGGGAUUUAAAGGACCUCUUCUACUCUUGAGUUUGUUUCAUGAGCUGAGUCCUCCCAACAUAGUCUCUCUGCAGACAGGCUUUUUCUGCAUUGGGAGGCAUCCAGAUAUUUUUUAGGAGUAUGCCCUUGUUGGUACAUCAUCAACUGAAAGCUUUAUCAUCAGACUGGGCCAUGCAGAGCUUCCAAGUGAACUUGUGUCUUGUUCCAUCUUUUUUUUCUGAUUUUUUGAGUCUGCUCUUGAGAGGAGAACAAGUUCAUGCGACUAGUGUGCCUGCCUGGCACAGUCUAACUAAUUUUAUUCUUGUCCUAAAUUUUUUGCCCAUUAUUAACUUUAAUUCAUGUCACAACAGAGUUGAAAUAUACUAACAUUACAAAAAGAAAUAACUUUUGCUUUUCACUCUUCUAUUUUUUUCUUCCCCUAAGUAUCUGUGAUGACAUGGAAGAUGGGAAGGGCUCUUGUUUUUUUUGUUUUCCAUUCCUUAAACUCUGACUUUUAAGCUGAAGUUAAAAGGCACUGCUGGGGGAUGGAGAAGUGUAGAGGAUGGAGAACUGAUCUUGGUGCCUGUCAGGUACCACUGACCUGCAAUGCAAAGGGAAUUUCAUAUCUAAAGCUCCCUAAACCAAAAAAAUCAUGGAUUUAAUUUAAAAAUGAAAAAGAGGAGUGACAAAGUUAGAAAAGAUAUUGACUUACAGCUCCUAUCAUUGUACUUUUUCAAUUUUGUAAUGCAAUCUGGAAAGGACCUUAUAAGCCAUUUAAGGCAAUCCUCCCAUGGUUCAUAUUUUUUUUUAAGACCCCAGGAGGUUAAAUGACUUGCCUCAAAGUUACAUAAAUAGUCAACAAUGUUGUAUGACAGAUCCAAUGCCAGCAUUAGUAUCAAGAAGAUUUGGGUUCAAAUCUCUCCUAACACAUGUCUUAGCUUUGUGACUAUGGAUAAAUCAUUUAACUUCUCAAUGCCAGUUAGACAACCUCCCACCCCAACUCCUAAUCAAUUUUCUAAGUCUUGAAAGACUUGGGAAGGGAAAAAAAAGUCUAAUCUAUUAAUGAAGAGAGUUUUCACAUUAGGAAUUACCUACAUUGAAGAACUCAUAAAAUUCUAUCAUCAAUUAAACCUUUUGGAUCUGCUUUUCUGAAAGAAAAAAAAAUACAAUAUAACCCAAAGACUAGAAAGAUUCUUUUUAGCUACACCCAGAUGAAUCAGUUUUAAAGGUCUUGACAUUUAACUGCAUAGUUCCCCAAUUUAGGAGGGAAAUCAGGGAUAAGUUUUUGCAUAGUCUUCACUCUGUCCUUACACAAGAACUCAACCCUUCUCUUUUUGGUUUGUUUCUGCCUAACCAGAAAUUUCUUAAGAAAAAUGAUUUAAUAAAAAUUGUCUUCUGUUUGUCACUAUCAAAAUAAUUUGGUUCUUGUGGUGUGGCUGAGGGCAAGGGAGAUGUCAAGAUGAUUAACAUGAAUUCUUCUGAAUUUGCUAAAUUUGAUAAGGAUACAUUUUGAAAGAGAUUCUCUCCCUGUACUUCUCCUCCUUCCCCAGUCAACUUGACAAAAAAGGGGUGUUUAAAAAAAACUACUUGAUUAUGUUUAAAAUCAUUAAGGUUAGAAAUACUUUUCUAGCAAAAUUCCACCUUUCUAGCAAAAGUCUCCUGCUAAUAAUUCAUUCCUAUGUGUUUUCUGUUAUGGACUGGGGGAGGGUCCCUUUUUUCUACAGUUGUAAUAAAUAUCUUCUGUAAACCAUAAAUAAGUGUAAGCUAUGUUCUCUUCUAAGAGCUAUAGUGAGCAAAUAUAGAGCUUGGUGGCUGUCAUCAGCAGUACUCAGACACACGGACUAGACAGAGCAUGAAUAGCUCUGUAAAAGAGUCAUAGCUAUAACAAGUAACAUAGUGCAGAGGUGGAAAGGAAAUAAUCUUUCUAUUCUCACCACCAGGAUUUUGCCACCAGAAUUCAAUAUCCCAAAGAAGCAAUGCCUCCUGCUGCCUGUUAAGGCUAGGAAGUCAGUGAGACAGCCUCAUAACCCAGAAGAUGUAGGUAUUUCCUGUGCACUUGGUAAUGUCCACACAAUAGUUAAGAGCCCAGAUACUCAGCAAUGACUGGGGAAAGUGACCCAACUCAUUCCUCUGAGUCUUCUUUUGUUUAAUUAUUAAGUAAUUUUUCUGAAAUCAUGAAGCAAGAAGGCUACACACCCACUAAACUCUUAAAUGGGAUUGUUAGAAGGAAACAUUUCAGAUUCUUUCAUCCCAGGAGCUCAUAGAAAAGCAUAGACGAUCCUUAUAAAAUAGGAAAAAUUGAAUUCACAAGUCUCCAGGCUUCUUGCGCUAUUCUUCUCAAACCCAAACUGCCAAACUUUACAAAUGGGGCAACUCUUGUUUUUCUCUACAUUUGCCAUUCAUUUUGAUAAAAAUUCAGUUAACCACACAGUUACCAAUUAUGUGGAAGGUUUCCUUGUAUGGAAUUAACAAAACAAUCAGCCCUGUGGGAAAUGUUAUAAAAAGGGUUCACUUUAAGUAUUUUCCUUUCAGACAACUAUUUGUAUACACCACGUACUAAUGCAUACCAUAUUCAAGACUGCAAAAGCUUUCCGCAAAAAAUGGGCAUUGUAUGGCUAUAUCAGCGCUCUUGUCUUAAGCAUUUUAGGAGCCAAGAGGCCAUUCUUUUUUGUUUUGUGUUGAUUUAAGAUUUACUCUGAACAUAACACCAAAUAAAAUGGGUAUAUGUGUGCAUGUAUGAAUAUAUAAACAUAUGCAUUCUAUAGUAUAUGUUAUAUACAUAUGUGUGUAUAUAUGUAUACACAUACAUUCAGAAAGACUGUACAUGAACCAUUGGUCUCUGUAAUGUACUGCUUUAAUUUUAGCUUUAUAAUGAACUUAGCCUGUAGCUAACUAUUUUUUUCUGGCCUACCUUCUGUCCUCAUGCUCAUGAAGUAACCUCAGUGUUUGGGAUGACUGGCUAAAUGAUAGUCCCAAAGUCAGUGAAUGUCUAAUACCCAAGAGUCUUCACUCCCAAGCUUUUCCUCUAUAUAAAGGAAUUUUCGUCCCCAGACUAUACCCCUCCACUCCAUAAAAAGCAAAGUAUGCUAUUGUAUAUGACUUUAAGGAAGUGUCCUGCAUUAAUUAGCUCAAUUAUUAACCAUUUCUCCAUUUUCUUAACUUGGUCAGAGUUUCAGUCUGUUAAAGCCAAGUCCAUUAUGUUCUAAAGAAAAGACAAUGGAAGUGCAAAUAGGCAUUAUAUUACUUUGCAGGGAGGGAGAUAUCACUUAGAAAUUAUAGUGGCAAACAUAAUAAGAUUUUAAAACUUGGUGUUUUGAAAUUCACCUCAUUUUGAGUUGUCAUAAGAAAAAACAAUGUAAAAAAUAUAUAUUCAAGUGGUUUCUGUGUUUUUGCUGAGUUUUGUAUCUUUGUUCUGUAAACUAUGGGUAUCAGAGCUCCUUCAGUUAAAUUGUGUCUCAGGUCUGCAGGUUUUCUUGGCCCAUGUAAUGGCAUUUCUUGGAUAAAAAUCCCUCCCCUAACCCACUUCCAUGUUAAGUUCCCAUUUAAAACAUUGUGUGAGCAGUCUAAAAUUAGAAUUUAAUUGAUGACUAGCAUUCUAAAGCUUGGGGUGAUUUGAAUCUAAGAAAUGUAUUUUUUUUAUGCAUUUUGUAAUCAUUUUUACAUAAGUUCUUUACUUGGGAAAUUUGGAUUGUCAACUGUAAAUUAACAAUUACAUUGUUUUCAGGAACAUUACUUAAUGGACCCAUUGUGUACCUCAAGAUCAACAGUAUCUUAAGUCUAAACUCAUUGUUGAAUGAUGUCCAUCAAUAAAAGGAACUUUGUUAAAGUUGCCCUCUUUUGCAAUUACUUUUCUGUGUAAUGUUUCUUGAAUAGCAAAAACUUUAUCUGACAUGCUAUAAAAUUUUAAUUAAAAUUAAAAUCCUGACGACAUGGAGAUGGGGAGUCUCUGAAAGAAUUCUGUCAUAUUGGAAACUCAUCAAGUACUCAGGAGGAUUGUGGAAAAAUAC